AGUAGCAGCUGAACCAAACUACAACAGUUACAUGAAGGGCACACUUUGAAGCACCGCAGCAUGCAGCCACCACCCAGAAAGGUAAAGGAAAGCCAGCAAGUGAAAUUGCUGUUCUCAGAGCAGCUUAGCAAACUGCAAUCCAAACAACACCAGGACACCGAACUGCUCGAGGAGAUCAGGUCCUUCAGUAAGCAAAGAGCAGCUAUAGAGAAAGACUAUGGUCAGGCUCUUCAGAGGUUAGCUGUGCAGUACCAAAAGAAAGACUGGCAAAGAGGAAAUACGGACACUGUGAUUUCUGGGAGUGUGUUUGGUGUAUGGCGAUCUGUGGUGGAUGCCACAUCUCAGGCUGCAGCUUCACGACUGGGUGCUGCGGAGGAAUACCGCAGGCUUUUUGGAGAAGCCUCCAGAAGUAUCCACAAUGCAAAGGAAAUCCGAGCUAAAAGAGUCCUGGAACAACUGCAGAGGGUGCAGGGUGAGGUGGUGGACGCACUGCGAGAUCUGCACAGGGUCAAGAAGAGCUACCACCACCUGAGUCACAUUGCCAGUGUGGCCAGAGAAAAGGCAGCUGAUGCACACACAAGAGCAAGAAAGAGUGAACAUGGGAUUUUCCACUUCAAAUCAGGUCUACAUAAGAUGACUGCUAAGCUCAGUGCCAGGCUGAAAGAGUGUGAGGAGCGGUUGAACGAAGCUCGUAAUGAGUAUCUGCUGACACUCGCAGCCGUCAACGCACAUCAGCAGCAUUAUCACACUCAUGACUUACCGCUUCUAAUGGAGCAAAUGGACGGUGAUGUUUACGAUGAUCUGAGACACCACUUCACCCGGCUGUGUGGGACAGAGAUGGACAGCUGUCUGACCACACACAAGCAGUUCAGCAGGAUAUGGGACAAUGUUGCUAAGGUGACCAGAGAGAGGAACGUUCAGCAGUUUCUGCAGGAGUCAAUUUCCUUCAAUAAAACAUCAGAUUUCAUCUUCCAGCCCAGUCUGCGGGACAUGGUGUCUGCUCUGCAGGACAAGCAGGGCUCUGAAGAAGAAAGCUGCUUGGAGAAGGAGACCAAGAAAUGGGCUGCCAAGGCUGCCAAAGACUACAAGAUCGUCACGCAUGGGGAAAGGGCUCUAGAGACGCUGGAGAGUCGACUAAAGCUGUUGUCAGGGGAGACGGGUCUGGGCGUUGAGCAGAAGAUCGCAGAGGUUCAGGAGACUGUCAGAAAGGCAAAGCUCAGCAGGGUGAAGGCUGAGGCCCGCCUGGCUCUGCUGGCCCACAGCGUCACAGGGACCGAACAGUGGCUCCGCAGCGCCAUGAACCAGGCAGAGGAGGAGCUGGAGAGAGAAAGGCGUCUCAGUGAGCAGAGAAGGUCCACAGAGGAGUUUUCAGAAGAUGAGUUUGAGCUGACUGACUUUGAGGACUACGAAGAUGAGAAUGGGGACAUAUUUGCAGUUCCAGUGUCGGCCUCUGGACUAUGUGUGUAUCCUGAAGCCUGCAGGGUUAUCUACAGCUAUCAGGCGAGCCAAUCGGAUGAGCUGUCAGUCACAGAGGGGGAGGAGCUUCAUGUGAUUGAAGAUGGAGAUGUGGAGGACUGGCUGAAGGUGUGUAACUCCUGUGGCCAGGUGGGGUAUAUUCCUGAGCGGUACGUACAGUUUCUGUGUCUACCAGCAGAGGACAAUGUUCAGCUGGACAGUUCAUUCAGCUCGACCUCGUCUUCAGGGAUGAAAGAGAGAGCAGGAGGCACAGGUGUUGCCAAAGCUCUGUACUCCUACCAAGCUCAAAGUGCAGAAGAGCUUUCCUUCCAGGAGGGGGAGCUCAUUCGUGUCAUACGCUGUUCACAUGGAGAGGUAGAUGACGGUUUUUGGGAGGGAGAACUAGACGGGCGAAUUGGGCUCUUCCCCUCAGUGCUGGUGGAGCUCCUACACGAUGAAGACGAGGAGGAGGAAAAAGACGAGAAGGAUCCUCUCCACACAGCAACAAUACCUCCCUGCUCACCCCCAAUCCCAAUUCCCUCAGCUUCUGGGGGUGGUUCUGCAGACACUGCGACUUCCUCAUGUGUUCUAGGGGACAAACAGCAGUCUGUUCACAUGGAAGGGCCGAGGAUUGCAGCGGAGGCUGAAGCCAGAGCACACACUCCUCCAGAGUUCCCCGCUGACCGAAUAAGACCAUGUCGAGCUCCCCCUCCUCCGCCAAAGAGCACCUCAUAGAUGUGAGAUGGAAAACGGGACCCGUUUUGAGCAAAGCAACAAUGGUUUGUGCACGUCACGCCUUAACAGACAUUCAACAGGUGUUGUCAUUGCUAAAGUUGAUAGCACAACAGUGGUUUCCCUGUCAUAAACCUGUUUACAACUCAGAUAUGUGCACACUCUUCAACUGGUGCAAUAUUAGUGGGAUCAAUGUUUAAAAUACUGGGAAGAAAUUUACUGAAUAUUCAAAUGUAAAGGUUAAUGGUAUGUAGCUUUAGCAUGGCAUAUAUUUGUUUAAUACAGUAACGCAAGUGUGGUGUUUUUCAGUGUUCUCAUGUUGUAUGUUUUUUUAUACCAAAACAAUGUAAUUCAUUUAUAUGUUAAAAGGAAAGGAUUCUGUAGUGAAACUUGUUGAAUUUCUAACUUUUAUGUAUAGACCAUUGGUCCGGUAGUAGGCAAGUCUCUGGAAAAGGAAAGAACACCUCCUUGUCUGAAAAUAGUUUACAUGUUAAUUUAUUGAAAUAUUUUGUAUUACAUAUGCUCAUUGGCUGCUUAGUUUUCUCUCUCCAAACAAGGUUCUGAAUUAUUUUAAUAAACUUAAAGAAACCUGAAA